UCAGCAGCGGACGGGGAUUGUGACUCUAGAAGGACCUCAACACCGGGCAUGAAAAUAAGUGAAUCCAGUCUGAAGAACUUCUAGUUUCAGUUUAAUUUAUAAAUCUCCGUGGCUCAGUUAGUUUCCCUGAACGGCGCCAUGUUUAUCUCCUCAGAAAAUGCUCCCCCCUCCCUCAAAGAUUUCACCCUCGUCAUGCCGGCGGUGGCUGUCGGUAACGUGGCUCAGCUGGCGGUGGACCUCCUGGUGUCCACUCUCAACAUGAAGCUAGUGGGCUACAUACACACCGACUGUCUGAUCCCGAUGGCCGGGAACAACCCGUACAGCACCUGCAGAGAGGACGCUGAGGAGCUGCACACCCCCGCAGAAGUUUACACGGCGCCAGAAUUGAAGUUGGCCGUUCUUCAGAUCAGAGCACCAAUCAUUCAGAAAAAAUCCAAAAAGUUCCGUCAGCUGAUCGUGUCUUGGAUCAAAACCAGCGGCUUCUCCCGGACUGUGAUUCUGUCCAGCAGCCACGCCUACCAAAGGGACGACCAACAGAUGAAAGGCACUCCUUUGAGGUACCUGGUCACUCCGUCGCUGCUGAAGGUGAGUGCAGACGCCUUGAAGGAGUUGGGCUGGAGGGAAAUGGAGCAGCUGCCGGCGUUCCCUGGACUGACGGAGGCCAACGCAGAGUCGCGCCUCAGCAUCCCUGGAGGAGGCAUCACCAAAGGACUCUACACAGACAGUUGUGCGGAGGAUCUUCCACUGGCUGUGAUCCUGCUCUUCUGCUCGGAGGGCGACAACAUUCCAGACGCCUUCACCCUCGUCAACCACCUGAAUGACUGGCUCCACCUGCUGGACAACCCUAGCCAAGAGCCCAACAAAUGGAAGAUCCCACCGUCCUGGAGUCUUCUGUUUGGCAGCGGCAUCCCUCCUGCAAUGUUCUAAUACACACUUGUUUACCUUGCUUAUAAUGAUCCUACAGCAACAACACAUUCGCAUUUUAGAAAUUUGUUUAUUGAAAGGUUUUUGUGUCUGAUAAUACUGUAUGCUUAAAAAAUUAUGAAUUGUUGAGGUCCCCGGUGUGAACAAAUAACCCCAUAUUAAAUUACACACUUAUCAGUUUCCUUUAUUUGAAUCAUACUCCUUCGAUGUACAAAUAUUACAUUAUGUACAGUGUUUGACCCAGAUGUGCAUUUGUGGAAUACUGUAGAAAUGCAGAAUUUGAAUGUUUAUUUCCCCCAAUAAAAGAUUUUUACAUGAA